GGCGCGGUCCGCCCCUUCUGCCGCCUUUUCAAACAUGGCGACUCCGCUGGGAGGCAUGUUCUCCGGCCAGCCGCCGGGCGCCCCGCAGCCCCCGCCGGGGCUCCCUGGCCAGGCUUCCCUUCUCCACGCCGCCACAGGCGCCCCUCGCACUUCCAACAGUACGCUGGUGGACGAGCUGGAGUCUUCUUUCGAGGCUUGCUUUGCUUCCCUUGUGAGCCAGGACUACGUGAAUGGCACCGAUCAGGAAGAAAUCCGAACAGGUGUGGAUCAGUGUAUCCAGAAGUUCUUGGAUAUUGCCAGGCAGACAGAGUGUUUCUUCCUACAGAAAAGAUUGCAGCUGUCUGUGCAGAAACCGGAGCAGGUCAUCAAAGAGGACGUGUCGGAGCUGAGGAACGAGCUGCAGCGGAAGGACGCUCUGGUGCAGAAGCACCUCGCCAAGCUGCGGCACUGGCAGCAGGUGCUGGAGGAGGUGGGCGUGCAGCAGCGGCAGCCCCCCGACGCCCCGCAGGGCUCCCUGGCCUACCUGGAGCAGGCGUCGGCCAACAUCCCCGCACCCAUGAAGCCGAGCUGACCCCCCUCCCCGUUCCCACACGCUCUUCUCCUGGGGUUUUGUGAAUACUGUAGAAAACGGCUUUAGCGUUGGCAAACCCAGCGCGCGCAUCACCCCGUAUUCGUUUGUCCUAUAGCCAAGUGUCGCGUUAGUUUGGGCGGGGGGUUGGGUGGGGGGGUCGUUUUUGUACGCCCUGUCACAUUUCCCUGUUGCUAGUCCGUGUGUCGGCCGGUCUGAGCUGCCCUGUGAAUCGGGCUGAGGAGCUGCUUGCCCGGCCCCUCUCUCAGCCCCUUUCGCGGCCCUUCUGGGCCUUUCUCGGCCGCCUGCGCGUCGGGGCGGGAACGGGUGCGUUGUCUGCCGCCCGCCCUGGAACUUCUACCUCAAGAAAGAGGAAUCUAAUGGUGCACGCGUCUGCGGCUCUCGGAGCCCAGGCUGAGCAUCCGUUCUCCCAGCUUAGUGUAGCAGUGUCGCAGCGGGUCCUUCGCGGAUGCUCCCCUCCCCGGGGGACUUCACGCUGCUGUCGUGUUCCUCUCCUUCGUCUGUCUGGCUGUGUCUAGCUCAGAAGCCGCCUUCUGCCCGGCAGCGCUGGCUCUGGGCCCGUGCAUUGUGCUGGCUUGUUUGGUGUGUUGAGAUUCUUGGUAACGGGGUGGGGUCCCCUCACGACAGACCUCCACAGAGCACGCGGGGGCCCAGCGCAGGGCGGGUCACCUGUCCGGCUCUCCUUGGAUGAGGUCUUCCUCACUCACCAUCUCGUCUCUUGGGUUUCAGCCUUAUGCCCACGUGUGAGCCCCAGUGUGUUUUUGGGGGGUGCUUGCUUUGUUUGCCCCCACGGCUGACUGCCCCUCCCUGCACUCAUCCACCCCUCACGUGGAGGCCACGCAACAUGCAAGCCCUCUGAGCCGCCCGCCAGGACACUGGCGUCCUGUCUCUCCCGCCAGCCUUGCUUGGUUCUCCCCUGGGGUCGUGAGCUGCCUCUGCGUGGCUCACAGGCAUGACUCUGGGUAGGGGGGGAGGGGCUCAGCCCUGCCCUCUCGGUAGGGUCCUAGAUAGACGUCCAGGGCUGCCACGAUUCCCCCUCCGCCUGGAGGGUCUGCAUGUUUGUCUCUUGUCGGUAGGCAUUGUUUUUGUUCGUAUGCAUGUGUGUAUGGUAUAUUGUUUGUGGACAACAAAUGCCAUCAGAUUGUGUGUUUCAAGCAUUUAAAACUUUUUAGUCACACACUCUCAAGGUCCAGCCGCUUUAGAUUUCUGCACUAAACUCUACAUCAACUGAUUUGAGAUGAUCUUUCAAUAAUCAAGGAUGUCUCAACAGAAGGAACUGUGUGUGCUUUAGUGAUUGUAUUUUGUAUGUAUCAUUUGUUGGCUGUUUAUUAAAUUCACUAAUCUGUCAAAUAAAUAAUGAAUUUUUCAUCUUU